GCCUGCCUGCCUGCAUCCCCAUUUAUCUCUUUCUUUCUCUCUCUUGUUUGUCAUCUUCUUCCUCGAGCUUCAACCAUGGCUGCUCUCCAACCUCAACUUCUCAUCAUCAUCUUCUUCUUCUUCUUGUUUCUCUUUUCGUCUUGCUUUUCGUCUUCUCAAACCGAUACCCCAACAGUGUUCGAAAUCCUCCCUAAAUAUGGGCUCCCCAGUGGUCUUCUCCCUAAUUCGGUCAAGUCUUAUUCUCUCUCUUCCGAAGGCGAUUUCGUCGUGGAGUUGGAGAAUCCCUGCUACAUCCACUUUGAGUAUUUGGUCUAUUACGAGACCAAGAUCUCAGGAAAGCUCAAGUACGGAUCCAUAACUGUUCUAAAGGGGAUUCAGGUCCAGAGAUUCUUGUUGUGGUUCGAUGUUGAUGAUAUUAGGGUCGAUUUACCUCCAUCGGAUAGUAUAUAUUUCCAGGUUGGAAUGAUCAAUAAGAGGCUUGAUAUUGAUCAGUUUCAGACCCUUCAUAACUGCUCCAGAAAGGCUAUUUCUUCUUCUUCUCCUCCUCUCAUAAAUGAGGAGGAGAUUCAGCUCCAAAUCCCUAAAGAUGACAUUGAAAUGUUGUUGUUAACCGAGUAGCAAACAUGGAUAUAGAAGGAAGUGGAGGUGGGAGGAGGAUUGUUGUAGACAUUUUGCGCAAAUUCAAGUAUAUCCCAAAACAAAACAAAACAUUGUAUCAUUUGUACUAGUAAUGUAUAUACAAUAUAUGUAAGGCUGGUUCAAUGGAUAGGGUGGUGGUGAUUUAGCAAACUCUAGCUGAUAUUUCCUUUUACUUUUCUACAUAAACAUGAUCAUUUU